AUGUCGAUCAAGGAGCUCAACUCGGGGAAAGAAAGACUAAAUGUAUUACAACAUGAGCUUGGUUGUACCUUAUCAAUCCUUAAACUAAAGACUUCAGAAUUAGAGUUGUAUGGUUCUGCAGCUUUAGGCCCUACCACUUUGGUUCAUCAAGUGGCAACAGAGGGAAAGGAGAAAGAAAAAUUGAUCAAAGAUCUCCUUAACAAAAUUGGCUUAGAGGUAGGAAGCACCAAGUGUGAGGAGGUUGAAGCAAAUGCAACUCAACUUGCUAAUGACAAGAAAAUCUGCAAUCCCAAUAAGAAGCGCAAGUUAAAACCACAGUCUUUAGGCCCUACCGCUUUGGUUCAUCAAGUGGCAUCAGAGGGAAAGGUUGAUGGUAGAAGAAGGAGGUCCUUACGAACAAAAUCCAGUGGCUUGAAGUCUGAAUCAUGUGAAUUUGUGAAUGACUUGCUCAAAAGAGAUGAUGGCAGAUCUCCAAUGACCCAUCGAGUGGGCCUAGAGAAAAAGGUUGUGGGAAGAAGAAGUUCCUUCCGAAUAAGAUCUUGUAGUUUGAAAUCUGAAUCAAAUGAAUCUAUGGAGUUGCACAAGAUUGAUGAUGCCAUACUUCUAGUGACUUGUCAGGUGCCAUCAGAGGAAAAGAUUGAUGGAAGAAGCAUAAAUUCCUUGUGGAGGAGAUCCGGUUAUUUAAAGUCUGAAUCAUGUGAGCCUACGGAGGACUCAGUCAAGAUGGAGGAUGCCAAAUUUUUAGUUUAUACAAUCAAGAAUGAAAAUUUGCAUGUAGAAGCUAUUACUCAUGGAGAUUGUUCUACUUCUUCCAUAACAAAUAUUUUUGUUGAACGAGUAAAGAAUGAGAGGCAGAAUUCAAUUGGGUCUUCAGAACUCGGGAAUCAGGAGUGCCAAAGAAGAUCCUCUGUUGGAAGGCCAUUGCAGAAGGAGGCUGAGAAGGUUGGUUCUUACAAGGAAAUGAAUCUGAAUGUAAAAAUGAAAAGAUCAGAGUAAGAUUCUGGGUUCUCUGCUUACAUCACUAAAAUUUCAGAUGGUGCUAGCUGAGAGCUGCUCACAUUCUUGGAUCCACUUAAUAUAUCUGCUAGAUGAGAGCCUUGACAUGCCAAUAUUUUCUAUGUUCUUGAUAUUUUGUGAUGACAUGGUGAAAUGUAUUACUGUAUUGUAAGAUUAAUUAGUAAGAACCCAUAGCUUAGUUUUGCAGCUUCUUAUUAGUUUGCCCUGCACAAAACAGAGAUAUUUUGAGAUAAAAUAAUAGUAGCAUUAUAUGUUGUAUAAUUUGCUACAGUUGAAAUUUAUGCUUGUCUAGGGAAAAAAUGGUGCUUUGUUUU